CUACAAAUACUUUCUCAUUUCAACUCCUCUCUUCCACAAAAGAUCAUCGUUGAAAAUGACCCUCUUCAAUCAGCCAUGUCUUUACUCAAAGAUAGACAAGGAAGACCCAGAAGAGGUGUCUCACCGACGAGCCAAGUUCUUGAUUUACAAAACGCUUCAAAAGGCCGACGUGGUGUCUCGUCGUUCUUCUCACCCGUCGUCGUUUCUGAGGAUGAAGCUGCUAAGGUUGAAGGCCAAGAUCGGGAAGAGUUUGACUAAGCUACGUCGGAACAUAGAAUCCGCCGUUAGAUUUGGCGGGAUUCAAAAGCAUUCUCAAAGCAGCAUGAGAGCCUUGAAGAAGAUGUUCCACGGUGGUGCAACAAAUGGACUACCAAGACCUAUUUUCGCUCUUGAAGUUUGAUUUUUGAUUUUUUUUUUUAAUUGUCUUCUAUGUAUUUCACUUUUUUUUUCUUUCUUGAAUUAAUUUCUGUUUAUCUCCACUACAGAAUCUGGUCAAGAAAUGUAAUAUGAAAAAAACCAUGAGUUAUGUUUCUUUCAUAUAAAGAGGAAAUAAAUCAAUCUUGAAGUUGUAAUAACAAAGUUGUUUUUGGUUCAUGGUA